UAUGCUGAAGAGUUGGUCUUAAAAAUAAAAGCGCAGAAUAUUAAAUAUUUUUCUUAAGAAUAUAAAAUAAUUUAUUAAAGAUUUUUUAAAAAUUUAAAAUAAUAUGUAAAUUUUUGUUAAGACCCUUACGGGUAAGACCAUCACACUUGAUGUUGAGCCAUCUGAUACUAUCGAUGCUGUUAAAGCAAAGAUUUAAGACAAAGAAGGAAUUCCUCCUGAUUAAUAAAGAUUAAUUUUUGCUGGAAAACAAUUAGAGGAUGGAAGAACUCUUUCAGAUUAUAACAUUUAAAAGGAAUCAACUCUUCAUUUGGUAUUGAGACUCAGAGGAGGUGGUAUGGAACCAACCAUUGCUGCUAUUGCCAAAAAGUACAACGUUGAAAAAAAAAUAUGCAGAGUUUGUUAUGCCAGGUAUUAAAUUUAAAAAAAUAAAAUAGAUUACCACCAAAAGCUCAUAACUGUAGAAAAAGAAAGUGUGGACACUCAAAUUAAUUAAGAAUCAAGAAGAAGCCUAAGGAUUGAUAUAAUAAUAAUAAAUAGUACAAUAAUAAAUAAA